AUGCGAGUUGCCACGAGACCAAGACCCGAAAUUAACAUUGGCCCCGUUGACUUAUCCUGUGCAUUUGUUGUUUGCGACAUUGAGAAAUUUGAUCUACCCAUCGUUUAUUGUUCAGAAAUGUUCGAGCGUCUGACAGGGUAUACGAAACAUGAAAUUCUCGGUCGAAAUUGUCGCUUUCUCCAGGCGCCCGAUGGAAUAGUGCAGUCGGGAGUGAAGCGGAAAUACGUCGAUGACAGCUCGGUUCUCUAUCUGAAGAACCAAAUCUCGAGAAGGGCAGAAGCACAAUUGAGUCUGAUCAAUUAUCGAAAGGGCGGACAACCAUUCAUGAACCUCCUUACCAUGAUCCCGAUCCGAUUUGACUCCGAAGAUUAUAAGUUUUAUGUUGGUUUCCAGGUCGAUCUUGUCGAGCAGCCAAGCUCCGUGUCCGGGAAGAACCCAGACGGAACUUAUGAGAUCAACUACAAUCGAAGCUCGCUGCCAGCUUACCAUCUUCCCACCCCACCCGAUCCAACUCAGGCGCUGCACGACAUAGGCCAGACUGUGUCUCCGGACGAAGUGUCCAGGCUUUUGGGCACUCUCGGGCGUGGCGAGUUGGAGGUGUCAAAACGCGUCUGGGACAAGGUCCUGCUGGAAAACAACGACGAUGUUGUGCAUGUCCUUUCCCUAAAAGGACUGUUCCUUUACGUAUCUCCUGCAAGCCGAAGAGUCCUAGAGUACGAUCCCAGUGAACUUGUCGGCGUAGGCUUAUCCUCGAUCUGCCACCCUAGUGACAUUGUACCGGUUACCCGAGAGUUGAAGGACACCCCCCCUGGGGAGCCCGUGAGCGUGGUCUAUCGGAUUCGCAGGAAAUUCAGUGGGUACACGUGGUUUGAGGCCCACGGGACUCUAUACAUCGAACAGGGAAAGGGCAGGAAAUUUAUCAUUCUUGCCGGACGAGAGAGACCGGUCUAUGCCUUGGAUCGGACCGAGCUCUCGACAGAUGGCAAUCUCGGCGAGAGCGAGUUAUGGUCCAAGAUCUCAACAUCGGGGAUGCUUUUGCAUGUGUCUUCUACCUCUCGAGUCAUGCUCGACCGGCUUCCUGAAGACCUUGUCGGAACAAGUUUACAGGCUUUGAUGAGACCAGACUCCAAAAAGGAGUUCCUACGUACGCUUGAAAUCGCACGAACUGGCGAGAAGGUGACAUUCAGGCAUGAUCUUCAGAAUCGGAGAGGCCAGGUCCUUCACGCACAAACGACACUCUAUCCCGGCGAUGCUCGGCUUGGUUUCAAGCCCACCUUCCUGCUUGCACAGACCCGCCUCCUAAAGAUGACGCGCGCUGCACUCUUGAGUCAGAAGUCGGCGUCGGCGACAACAUCAAGGGGUGACCGAGCAUCGGCGGGGUCUGGAACUCCAGCAUCACGUCCGGACGGGUCUGUCAGGAGUCUCACGGAACAUCCCGGCCCGCUUUCGCAGGCAGGCAACCACGCCCUGAGUCUAGGCAACCAAGACGAGGCCCUGGCCUCGGAGAACAACAUCUUCGAUGAGCUGAAAACUACCCGAAGUUCCAGCUGGCAGUUUGAACUGAGGCAGAUGGAGCGUCAAAAUCGGUUGUUGGCGGAGGAGCUUCAAGCAUUGCUGAGUCGCAAGAAGAAGCGUAAGAGGAGAAAAGGGCUUGGCCAGAUCGAAAAGGAUUGUGCCAACUGCCACACUCGAGUCACACCGGAAUGGAGACGAGGCCCAAGUGGCAACCGUGAUUUGUGUAACAGCUGUGGUCUGCGGUGGGCCAAACAGAACGGACGCGUAUCACCUCGCAAACCUCUAAAUCAAAGUGACAAAGGCUCAAAAUCGCCAGCCCAGCUCAAAGUAGUCAACAAGACCGAGCCAAAGAAUGGCGAAAUAUCUGAGACAAUUAAUGGUGGCGCCGACCAAUUGGCCGGGGCUACAUCAGGAGCGGCCGGGCAAGGAGACGCAUGGAGAAAUGUGAUGCCGCCAAAAAUCGAAGAAGGCGAAGAACCUCCUCACCCGAGCAUAUUGCCAACAUGA